AUGGAAAAGACAAAGAUUUUAGCAUUAUUUGACCUGGAUGGGACUUUAACUUUACCUAGAAGAGAAAUAUCGGACGAUAUGAUAACUACUCUAAUAAAAGCUAAAAAUAACUUAUGUAUAGGGAUAGUUAGUGGUUCAGACUACAUUAAAAUACAACAGCAACUAAAAAACAAAGCUUUUGAAUGUUGUGAUUAUCUAUUUGCAGAAAAUGGAAUAGUUGCAUACAAGCAUGGAGAAUUAUUUAGUUGCCAGAAUAUUGCAUCUGUUAUUGGUGAAGACUCACUUAAGAAGCUAAUAAAUUUUUGUUUGCACUAUAUUGCUGAUCUUGAUAUUCCAAUUAAACGAGGUACAUUUAUUGAAUAUAGAUCUGGAAUGAUUAAUAUAUCCCCAAUAGGUAGAAAUUGUACAUAUCAGGAAAGGCUUGAAUUCUUUAAUUUUGAUAAAAAGUAUGAAAUUAGAAAGAAAUUUGUAGAAUCAAUAAUGGAAACUUUCAAGGAUCUUAGAUUAAAAUGUUCAAUUGGUGGACAAAUAUCGAUUGAUAUAUUUCCAGAGGGGUGGGAUAAGAGAUACUGCCUAAAUCAUAUUGAAGAUAUUUUCAGUGAAAUUCACUUCUUUGGAGAUAAGACUUCACAAGGAGGUAAUGAUUGGGAAAUAUUUAAUGAUCCUAGAGUAAUUGGUCAUACUGUAACUGAUCCACAAAAUACAAAAAAUAAGCUUUAUUCACUUUUCUUAAAGUGA